AUGGGCUGUGGACAGAGCAGCAGUGCAGCGGCCCCGCGUCCUGCAGGAGGAGCUGCAGCGGCAGUACAACAAGAACCAAAGUAUGCAGGCCCCCCGGUCACUUACAAUAUCGUCAACAUCGAUGUGCCACACGAGUCCCAAACGGGCUUGCUGUUCUCACCUGAGAUGGCGUUCAAUACGCUUACAGGAAGUGUGUACCUUCCAGCCCUAACAAAUAUGUACGACCUUGGGUUCCGAAUGUCAACCUUCAACGUCUCUCCUGGAAGUAUGACAGCUUCAGGAUUUGUGUCCUUGAAAUUAGAAUCUAAACUUAGAACGCAAGGAAUAUUUCAUCAAGUUACUGAAGAGGAAAAAGGAAAAUGGAAGUUGUGUAUGGAAAAGUCCAGUCUUCCGCAACAAGUUUUUGGAACCGGACUUUUGAAAAUUGGAGGCACAUCAUCCACUCAACCCAUCCAUAUUUUCCAGACAAUAGACAGAAUAUCAAACGAAGGAGGACGUCUCGUUUCUAUAGAGGUUACAGGAGGGUCCUUUACGGGAGCGUCUGCCGCACCUGUUUCUGCUACCAUGGGAAUGGGCACUCAACCCAGUAUGAUGCUUUACGGCCACAGUCCAAGCACACUUCUGUGUGUUGACAUAUUCUACGAGAUGCCAACAACACAAGGUGGAGAGAAGUACAUGUAUCAGAUUGUGCCUGCGCAGAUGUCAGCUGUUCUGAAAACCCUUACAGGGGCCAUUGGAGGUUCCUGGACCGUCACCUUUGACUGGAUGAAUAUCGUAGGACCAUAUCUUUCACAAGGCUGGAAACUAGUGGAAGUUUUCCUAGACCAGAACAACAAAAGUUUCUCUGACAGAGCGUUCAUGGCGUCUAAGAUCACAUCUGAAGUUGGGGCAAUGUUCAUAUUUGAGAAGCCCUUGUCAAAGGCAAACGACAACACACCAGUAUAUGAAGCAAAAAUGGUGGAGUACAGAGCCCCAGGAAAAAUGAAGAUGGCUGGAAUUGGUAAAACCACUAUUGAAGUGAACGCUAAUUGGGACAGUGUGAUAGCGCAAGAAGGUCAAAAUGGCUGGGAUUUGGUUCGAAUUCUCCAAACACCUGCAACAAUUUUCAAGCAAUCGCUAAGUAUGACCCCAGAAUUCGGUUGGGUUCACUAUAUAUAUUUUCAACGGAAGAUCAUGCAAGCACCAGCUGAACAACAAAGUACAGAUGAACCUCCAGCACCUGUCUUGCCACCACAGGAACAAGAGACCAACUAG